CCUUCUCCUUCCCACCCCCAAACCUGGCACGGCCAUAUUAGUAUCUGGGCACGCACAGAGCAACUUGGAUAGUAGUAGAUAGUUACUAGUAGUUGUAGUUUGUUAGACAUGUAGACUACGUAAAGUUAGUAGGUACUUUAUACUUACUGUUAUUGCCACGCUACUUUACUACUUCCUCUUCAUGCCGUUAGUAACAACAUUAUCAUCAUCAUUACUUGUUUCUUGCUUGACCUUUGCUGCCUGGAGGAGAAAAUAUAUCCAGGGUUUAAGGUUAAUGGGAAUGGAUCAGCCUUGGGGGAGUCGAGCUUUCCCUUUUGGCGGCGGGCGUCGGGUCGGAGAUACCGUCAAGAACAAAAAAGUACGGGUUUCACUCCGGACAUUCCAUUCCACACACUCUCUAAUCUGUGUCUGUCAUUGUGAUUCGGUACUAUUACUAUUUAUAUUUAGUUGUGCCAUGAAGGGAGGAGGAGAAGGAGAGAGAGAGCCUGGGGAAUGAUCCGACAUUCCAGAGACACGAUUCAAUGGGGGGUGAGAUGUUCUAUCAUUGGCUCUGGGGGGUUCACGGUGAUCGGGAUGGUUC